AUGAAUACUUCCAAUAAUCAGCCUUCAAGCUUUAGUGGAAUUCCUUCUCAACCUAUACCCAACCCCAAAGGUGGAAUCAACACCAUCACUUUGAGGUCCGGAACUACACUACAAGAGAGGAACCAUGAGGAACCAAGCUUGCAAAGAAACGCCCCAGUUGAGGACAUGGUUGAAGUGGAGGAUGUUGAAGAGGAAGAUGAAGUACAAGACAUGGGUGAAGAAGAAGCAACUCAACUAGAGAAUAGCGCACUAGAAGAAGCUGCGAGUGGCGCCAUUCCUAUUCUAUUUCCAGACCUUGCUAGGAAACCCAUAAAGCAGAUGAGACUAGACCCUAAACUGGUAGAAAUAUUCAAAAAGGUUAAGGUAACCAUUCUACUUUUUGAUGCCAUUCAGCAAGUACCUAGAUAUGCUAAGUUUCUAAAGGAUUUGUGCAUGCAUAAAGAUAAAUUACAGAAUUUAGAAACUAUUCCUCUAGGUAGUUCUAUUUCUGCUUUAGUGGGUGAUAUACCUGAAAAAUGUAGUGAACCAGGUCCAUGCAUGGUUACUAUUACUAUAGAUGGUGUGAAAUUUUCUGACUGUAUGUGUGAUUUAGGCACGUGUGUUAGUAUAAUGCCAUUGUCUGUAUAUGAUGCUUUGAGGCUCCCUCCUUUAAAAAAGUCAGUAGCUCGUUUUGUUUUAGCAGAUAAAAGUAUUAUCUCUGUGGUUAGAAUUGCUGAGGACGUGCUGGUGAGUAUUAAGGGGCUCACAUUCCCUAUUGACUUCUAUAUUUUGGAGAUGCCCCCUAAUGACUCAGGAAGACCAUCAUCCAUCCUGCUUGGAAGGCCAUUCCUAAAAACUUCAAAGUUCAAGCUGGAUGCCUUCUCAGAAACUUACUCUUUUGAGAUAGAUGGCAGAGCUGUGAGCUUCAAUCUGGAUGAAGCUAUGAAGCAUCCCCCUGAAGAUCAUUCCAUCUUCCAAUGCGACAUCAUUGAUGAGACUGUAGCUAUAGUUCACCAGGAGAAAGUAGAAGAGAUGUACAUCGAGCAAGAUGUAAGUGUGGGGACGCCCUCUGAACUAGACGAAGACACAUUACAACCAUCACUAGCUCCAGAUGAUCAAGUGCCUAGCCAUGAGCAGAAGUUGGAAUUAAAGCCGCUUCCACUCCACCUCAAGUAUGCUUACCUUGAGGAUGAUCAGAAGCUCCCAGUUAUCAUUGCAAGGAAACUUAUUUCCCAACAGAAGGAGCAACUGCUUAAUCCAGCAAAGAUAGAUGUCAUUUCUAGUUUACCUUAUCCCUCCUCCGUGAGGGAAGUUCGUUCGUUCCUUGGCCAUGCAGGAGCGGCGCUGGCCCAGCGCGCAGGUAAGGAUCCUUUUGUAAUUGCAUAUGCUUCAAAGACAUUAGACGCUGCUCAGUCUAAUUACACUACCACUGAGAAAGAGCUUCUGGCUACUGUUUUUGCUCUGGAUAAAUUCCAAGCCUACUUACUCGGUACUAAGGUGGUGGAGAUUAGCAGGACUACUAAAGAAGUGUGGGAUUGUUCACAAGGUAGCAACAGCCUACCACCCCCAGACCAAUGGACAAGCAGAGGUGUCUAA